ACCACGAAACGUCAAAGUCCGAGAUGUCAACAAUCCCCGUGGUGAUGUGUUUCAAUAGUUUCGUCCGGUGCCGUGUACAUUAGUGUAAAUAUCUGUUUUAUGUUGUAAGUUUUACCACUAACGCUGGGUAAGGAUGGCCGAUAGCAAAAGCAGCGUGGACGAGCGACUGAUUGCCCGGUUCAAUCAGGAGCUAGGAGCGGACCUUAAAAACAGCUCCAAAUGUGGCGAUUUAGUCAAGUAUUAUCGGUCCGAGCUGGAGGAUUUACGGGAUAAGAUUACAGUUACCGAUGCGGGAUGCAUUCCAAGCGUGAAAGGUAUGAUCGAUACGGGUCGCAGCAAACUGGCGGAGCUGGACGAGAAGGAGAAGCGAUUGGACGGCUGUGCGGAGAAACUGACCGACCGGAUCGAAACGUACCAUCAGCUGAUGGGGGAGGUGGGCGAUAAGAUGGCACAGAUACGGGUGCUGCAGACCGUGCGCGACUACAUGGCACUGAUCAAAGACAUCGAGAACAUAAGCCAGGAGCUGGAGGCGUGUAUUAACGGGAAGGACGACAGCAAACCGAUCGCCCUGUACGUGGCACUAACCGGACCGAACAGCAUCCUCGACCGGAUCAGCGGCAUCGAGGCGCCCCAUCUGAAGAUGUACGCACGCAAUACGGCAUUCCACUGGCACGACGUGCUGACGGCAAAGUAUUCGACCGAAUUCGAAGCCCUGCUGAAGACGAUCAAGUGGCCAAACAUGAACCAAUCGCUGGAGCAGUUCAAUCCAUCGAAGGAAAACAUUUCCAAGCUCGUGCUGCUGGCAGAGUACCUGUUUCUGGUGAAGCUGCCCGGCGAUCAGGAUCUGCUGAGCGUAAAGCUUACGCCAUCCAUCAUCUGUCCGCACUACACGACACCGGUGGAGCUGUUUGUGAAGCCGUUCCGGUUGCGGUUUCAGUUCCACUUCACGGGCAACAAGCAGACGAACCGGUUGGAUCGGCCCGAAUGGUAUCUGACGCAGGUGCUGAUGUGGGCGAAGGAAAAUCACAUCUUCGUCGGGCAGCACUUUCAAUCGCCGGCUUUGCGAGCGGGUAUCGUUAACAGUAGUGUUAGGCUGGAAUUUGUCCGCGGGCUGGUACAGUUAGCCAUCGAGAAGCUGAUCGUGGACAUUGAGCAAAUCAUACAGGACGAGGCACUGUUUGCGCAUCUCAUCGAUGAGGUGUUGCCCUUCGAACAGGACCUCAAAACAUCCCUCGGAUACCCGAACAGCUAUCCGAGCGUGGUGUCGGUGCUUGUGCAGCCUGUCUUCUUCGUCAAGUGGAUGGCAAUUGAGAAGAAAUUCACCACGGAUAAGAUGGAUGCAAUGCUCAACACGGCCGAUCCGUUCGAGCUGCUCGAUCCGGCCAACUUGGAUGAGCUGAAAAUUCCCAAAUGUGCCGACCAGUUCAUACGGCUGCUGGAUGCAAUAAAGGAGCGCUACUGCUGCCUGCCCCAGCCCAGCCAGCAGCUCCAGUUUCUCGACCUACAGCUCGAGCUGAUCGACAACUUCCGGUGCCGGUUGCUGCAGCUGUACAACGAUGGCGUCAAUCCGACCAAAAUUCUAAACGCACUCAACUAUCUCACCUCGGUGCUGCGCGAAUGGGGCGAAAACGUGCACUAUCUGCAUCUGCACGCGGCCCUGUACGGUCCCGAUGCGGACGAGAUCAGCUCCGUGUUUGAUCAGAAGAUCGAGGAGCUAAACUACUGCCACCAGAAGCUGGUGGAGGAGCUGGUGACGUGGAUUGUGCACGAAAUUACGGCCCGAUCGCGCCCCUAUCGGUACGAUCGGUGGCCGUCGAUGAAUCGGCACGACGCGAAGGAGACGCUGAUGGUGUCGGCCACGGCUAGCGAGAUGUUCCAGGCGACCAUCAACCACCUGCACGACAUGGAGCAGGAGCUGUCGACGAACGUGUUCAUGGUCGUGGUGCGCAUGAUCGCGACCGAGCUGGACCAGUGGAUGAUCUCGAGCAUGGUGGCGAACACCAAGUUCUCGACCGGUGGUGCGGAACAGUUUCACUUCGACAUGACGCGCAACCUGUUCGGGAUGUUUAGUCAGUACGCUAAGAAAACUAAUUUAUUGUUUAAACGCAUUAAUGAUAGCUGCACGCUGCUUACCAUGCCACUAGGGUCCGCAAUUUUGCUGCGCGAAACGCUACUUUCGCCCACAGGCGACGAAGAGAGCUGGACGCGCGCCCUACAGGAGGUGGGCUUAGCGAUCUUCGACCGGAAAGCCACGCUUGAUGUGCUCGAUCGACGGAACGACAUGCCACGGAUUGGCUAGGGACGCAGAGAUGGAUGGAUGCAGAAUAAAACGAAACCCAAAGCAAAGUG